CGGGGAUUAGGCCUAGGUACAUGACGAAACCUGUGGUGUACGUGGGUAACCGGAAAAGCGCCGACCGACCGACCGACCGACCGACUGACCUGCCAACCUACCGUCAUAUGCAGUAUCCCUUUCGCUUCUCUAUAGCACAUGUAUCUGUGUAGUGCCCAGCGCAAUGGACGUGAUGGAGUCCGACGUGUCUGACAGCAGCAUCUCCAGUCAAUUAUACCGGGAAAACGAGCCCACGCGGUUGUGCCUCUGACUGCAGCAUGUCCCUGACUGAGCUAAAUGCCUGUCUCAAGGAUGUCUGGACCUGUACUGAGCACAACAAUCUGGCCAGAGCAAAGACCAGGCUGAAACCACUCGACAAGGAGACCAAGAAAAAGAUCAUGACAUUGAAAAUAGCUGAGAAAACACCAUUAUUCCUUGCAUGUUGGAAGGGGUUUGUGCACUUUGUGAAUUACUUCUUGGACGAGUGUGGUGCAGACAUUGAACAGAAAGGUAUCUUUGAAGUUUCAGAAGAUCAGUCGAGACAUUUAGUCACCCCGUUAUGGUGUGCUGCUGUGGCCAAUAAGCUGGAUGUUGUCAAGACAUUGGUUAUUCAUGGAGCGAAUGUGAAUGGAGAGUCGGACACUAAGUCUACUCCUGUUAGAUCAGCUUGUUUCAUGACCAACAUUGAUGUGGUGAAGUAUCUUGUGAAACAAGGUGCUGACAUUCAUAAACCUAAUAUCAAUGGUGGCACUUGUUUGAUCAAUUCAGUCCAGAGUGUGACAUUGUGUCAGUUCCUGGUUGACAACGGAGCAGAUGUAAAUGCCCAGGACAACUCUGGUAACUUAGCCUUGCACUAUGCAAUACGGGAGGGCAGGAUUGACUCGGUCAGAUUGCUGGUGAAGUGUGGCUCAAAUGUUUUGAUCAAGAAUGAACUGGGAGACGAUGCACUGCAGACUGCAAGUCUCCGAGGGUUUGACACCAUUGUAUACUACUUGUUGGAGGCAUCGAAGCUCAGUGAGCAGAGGAUCAUUGAUGCUUAUGAGCUGAUGGGGGCAAACUAUGUAGAUGAGAAACACGACAUACCACAAGGUAUACAGUUCUGGAAAAAGUCUUUAGAGAUGCGACAAGAAUUGUCUGAAUUGGUUGAAGGAAAGCCUUAUCCUAAAGACAACAACCAGGCUUAUGAAAAUGAAACAGAAUUCAAAAAUGUGAAAGAUCUUGAAAAGAUCAUUUCAUGUCCUGAUGCUAUUUAUAUGCAAGCAUUGUUGAUUAGAGAGCGUAUUCUUGGUCCGAAACACAAGGACACCACGUUUGGAUUGAUGUAUCGAGGUGCAGUCUACGCAGACACACACCGAUAUCAGCGCUGUAUCGACAUCUGGUCUUACGCUCUCCAUUUACGACAUGUGAACUUUGAGGCGCUCAAUCAUGAGACUAUUUUCAUCAACCUGCUCUCAAUCACCAAGUUGUUCUGGGAGAUAUGGACAGAACAGCAGGAUCAUUCAUCGGAGGAGGAACGUUUAAAGUUUGAUGAUGUCUGCCGUGUGAUAGAAAUAUGUGUGGAUCAGAUUGAGAAUAGUAUAGAGAUACCAGUAGAUCAAUCGGACAUUAAAAAACUCCGUCACAAGGAAUAUUUCCACACUGUGUUACUCCUCAGUUUACACUUGCUCAACUUGAUGUGUUACAUGGAGCUUGAGGAAGAAAACUCCUUCAAGUUCCGUAAGUUAGUGCACAAGUUAAUCGUUCUCAAUCCUCUGGGACAACGAGGAGAACAUCUGCUGCAUUUGGCAACUGAUUAUAGGUCUUCAAGUGUUGACAACGAGGAAUGUUCACGUCUACCAAAUGUCAAGUUAGUACAGCUGCUUAUCAACUGUGGCGCAGAUGUGAACUGUGUUGACAGUCGUCGCAAUACGCCACUGCAUGUCCUUGGUCAAAGCUUGAAGCAGGACCGCAGCAGCUCUUGUCCAUAUGAUAAGAUAGCUGAUUUGUUAGUGUUGCAUGGAGCUCAUGUUGAUGCUUGCAACACUUUAGGGGAGGUGGCAUAUCAGGUGAUGGUAAAUAAGAACAAGAUGAUCGUACCAUUUGAUCAUAUUACUCUCAAGUGUCUGGCAUCCAAGGUUAUUCGUAAGCAUGCAUUGAAGUAUGAGGGUGAGGUCCCCGAAUCACUCAAACCAUUCAUUGAAAUGCAUUGAAGGAUGAGCUGAGGUCCCCAAGUCACACAGACUAUGUCUUGAAGUAUGAGGGUAAGGUCCCUGAGUUACACAGACUUAUGUAUUCAAGUUUUAGGGUGAGGUCCCCAAGUCAAGCAUAUUCAUGUACACAUCGAUACUGUGUUAUCGACAGAAAGAACUUCUAUGAUAUUUCGGGUGACUGGUUCCCCUCCAUGUUGGCCUUGGUUGGGGAACAUAAUGAUGAUGUGAAUAAAUUCCAGUGUUUG